AUGUCAGAUCAUCUAUGUGAAGAAUUGGUGGAUGAAAUCUUUCUAAGGUUACCUGUCAAAUCCCUCGUCCGUUAUAGAUCUCUCUCCAAGUAUUGGUUUUCAUAUAUUGCUAGCCCAGAUUUCAUAAAAAGACACAAACUUCUAUCUGUGAAUACUCCGCUGAAACUCCUCGUCAAGCACUAUCCUCUCGACCCAGAGUUCUGGCAAAGUCGUAGUGAAUUUGUUUACACAUUGUUAUCAGAAAACAGAUUAUCAUUGGAUUAUCAGACAGCUGUAAGCAUGGAUGUAGCAGAAGGUGAUCUCCCAUGCAAAGAUUUUGAAGUUGUUGGUUCAUGUAAUGGGAUUCUCUGUGUGGUGGACAAGCAAAAGAUUUUUACCUUAUGGAACCCCUCGAUUAGGCGCAAACUAACCAUACCUCUGCCCCAACGUUAUACGGCAGAUACACGUGAUCUGCGUGCACUAGGUUUUGGGGUCGACCCAAUCACUGAUGACUACAAGAUUGUGAUGAUUUCCUACUCUCAAACAGAUCCAUCGGUUUACUCUAUGAAGACAAACACUUGGUCUAUUAUUGAUUCCCCUACCAUGCCAUUAAAAAAAGUUAUGUCAAGGGCGUGUUUGGUCAAUGGAACAUUGUAUUGGGUAGUUGAAUGUACGACAACCGAAAUAUGUAUAAUGACAUUUGAUUUGAGUAUAAAUGUUUGUGGCAAAAUUGAGUUUCCGGAACCAUGGGAUGCAACUAAAAAAUUGAUGAUCAUCAAAGAUUCCCUAGCUGUGCUUUAUACAGAAUGUUUAAAUGAAUGGAUUUGGGUGAUAGAAGAGAGAAAUAAUAGUGCUUCUUGGUCUAGGGUUGUUAGCUCGCCUACCUAUUCAUUUUAUGAACCGGUAGGCCGAGUUUUGCAGCUGUCCAAUGGUGAUUUCCUGCUCCACAAAUACAAUUUGGGGAUCAGUGUUUGUAACCCAUUAAGAGGAGAGAGCUCAUUUCCCUGCAAAUAUAUUUCUGACGUCAUUGACAUGGAAACAUAUGCCGAAAGCCUUGUUUUGCUAGAUACAGGAGUUGUUUUCCGGUUAAAUCCCUGGUUCGGUAAAAAAAGUUAUCCUACUAGCGACAACAGUUUACCUGCUUUGACUCCUGGCUCGAAACAUGAUGAGUCAAGGCAGAACAUGAAAACCCAUGUAUUUUGUUUUUGCAUUUUUAUGUGUUUGAUCUUGUACUUGAUCGUAGUUUUCUGA